AUGGGCUCUUCAUCCGUAGCCGUUGGUGACCUUGCGUUUGUGGGGCCCGUCCAUGCCUCAACGCUAGCCGAGUUCCGCUACGUGCGGGUCAAUCGGAUCACCGGAGACGCCGUGUGUGCCGCGGUCGUGGGGCCCGAUUCCGAUGAAGACGAGGAGGAGGAGAUCUCAAUCCCCAUGGAGACGGUGGCAAGGAGGGUCGUUGACGCAUCAGAGGCUAAGCUGUGGCCAGGAGCGUAUGUGUCUCGACUUGUAGCCUUUGUUCAACCCGACGGUGCCAAAGUCGGCCAGUGGGCGUAUGGAGUGGUUACAAGAUAUGACGCGCUGGUAGGCAAGUCCGUCGUAAACAUUCUAUUGGGGCGGGCACCUCCGACAUGGUGCUUAACCCGCAAGAGCUGUUGGCAACAGAACACCGUAUGGGUAGCCUGCAAGAAGAGGAGAGGUGCUCUACCAUCCAAGGUUCAGUCAAUGCUGACGGUCCCAUUUCAACCCGACGACGUUGUCGCUUUGGUCCGACCUCACGAUCUUCAGGUGGUCUAUGUCCGACGUCAACACAUUUUGGAUGUGGCCAUGGGGUCGCCAAAGAAAAAUCGUUCGGAUUUGUAUCGUGACCCGAAGACACCAGCUAACCCGUCGACUCCAUCAAGCGACACCUCACCGACGAGUGACAGGGAAUUCGCUGAGGAUGUUCGUCUCCAGACAGAUAUUGACAGUAUCAGACAGCAGAACCGAGGGCUGGGCAAGAGGCAACGCGAAAGUUUCGCUGGCGACCUCGACGAGUUCGCCAUGGCAGACGAAGUCAGCGACGACGACGACGACUACCGCCGAGUACGACCCCAAGUGGCGUUUCGGCCAUCCGCUACUCAACAUCGUGUCCAUCUAUCGGUCAUCAACCAACGGUACAAAGGUAAGAAUGCUCAGGUUAUUUUAGAAAUGAUGCAGCACUCGGACCACGUGCUCUUCCUCGGACAACCGCCAGUCCUCCGCGGCGCCUUUGACUUCGGAUUCAAUGGCGUCGUAUCAGUGAUGCAUUUCCGGGAGGCAGGACUACUCGACAGGGUACGUGCAAUGGAGUCGUCUGCAAGUUCGACGGACUUCUCAGAAAGAAACGUGCUUCGGCCGGUCGCAGCGGCGUCAAGCAGGGGUGAACUCGUCAACGCGCUGCGCUCGCGUCACAUAUUCGGCUCUCAGUUCUACAAUCAGUUGGUUGUCGACCUGCUUGAUACUGCAACUAUGUUCGUCGAUCGUUACCGUGGCCUCCGCGAGACGGACGCGUUUGGAUGGAAACUAACGACCUACUGGGUGACCAAGAAGUUUCGCAAGUUCCGCAGCCAUCUCGUAGCACGUGACACCAACGCCGCAGCAGCUGUGCGCUUUGAAUUUUCCCGGACGGACGAGGAGCUGAUGGAGGUGAAGGACAUUCGGAGUCAACACCUCCAUAAUGAGGCCGCCGCAUCGAGAACUCGACAAGGAGCGGACACAAUUAAACAGGCAGAUCGUCCUCGUCGAAUUUCCAGUAUUCCCACACCAGAAGGCUGCGCGGGCAAUGGUAACGGCGGCUGCUUUGAUCCUAAGCGGUCUCACUUCAAACCAGACCAGUUGCCAGAGAUCGUUAAGGCAUAUAUCGACGACAACUACAAAGGUCUCGCACCAACGGACCAGGACAGUUGA